UCGUGCUGCUACGUUCUUGCAUGAUCUCUCUUUUUCAUCAGAAGACAAACAAUCGAGCAAGUGGCCACUGACCAAUAUCUUAUAGCUACCAACAUGAUGAAACAGUGGUAAUGUCUUUUAAGGGCACAGGUCAAGACUUUAAGCAGAAGACUCGGGACCCGAGAUCCAUGGGAAAGUCUGACAUAGAAAUUGCAGUGCUAAGGCAUAGAAGAGCCAGGGCCAUGGCUUUACGCAGAAGACAAGCUGCCAUUGUUGCUCUGCCCAAUGAUAACGUUCAUUCCAUGGACCCUAGAACAUAUAAGGCUAUAACAAAAGGUAACAUUGAAGAAUUUGAGACGAUACUGCAGGAUAUUGAAGUUCCUGUUCUUGGAAGAGUAACCCCUGAAGGAAAUUCGAUCCUGCACCUUGCUGCCAUCUAUGGUCAUACCAACCUUGUGGUGCACAUCAUAGUUUAUGAGCUAAGAAUUGUGAAUAACUGGGAACCGAUACCUCAGAGUUACCAAGGUCUUCUCGUAAGGCCAAACUUCAACGGGGACCUUCCUCUCCAUGUUGCAGCUGCUGCAGGCCAUGCAUCGGUCGUGGAUACUCUCAUUGAAUUCCUGACUAAGCUUCCAGUUGAAAUGAAGAUUGUACUGCGAGGACCAAGUAAGGUAGGAGUUAGAGAUUAUUCUAUAGUGCAGAACAAUACAGGAAACACUGCACUGCACCUAGCAAUGAAAGCCAAGCAUGAAGCUGUUGCUCGGAAUCUCGUUGCACAAGACCGGAGAACGCCCUUUAUUCUCAACAAUGAGGAAGUGUCGCCCUUGUUUAUGGCCGCUGAAGCUGGGAAUGUUUUACUUGUGACACGGAUGCUUCAAAGUCCAGUUCAUGUGUCGUUUGAAGGGAAAUCAGCCGUGCAUGCUGCGAUCAAAAGCAAGAAAAGAGAGAUAUUGGAUCUUCUGCUAGAUCCCUAUCCAGAACUCAUCACAUCACAAGACGAAGAACGGAGAAGUCCUCUCUCAUUUGCCGCUUUUACUGGAUAUGAGGAAGGAGCUUGCUGUCUGUUAGAGAAAUUUGGAACAUCUAAAGCAAUUGCAUAUGUAAGAGAUCCUGAUGGUUUCUUUCCCAUCCAUAAUGCAAGCAGGAAAGGACACGCAGGAACCCUAGAAGUGAUCCUGCAAUUCUUCCCAGACACGAUAGAGCUACUCACUGUAGAACAUCGAAACGUUCUUCACACUGCAGCUGAAAGUGGCCAGAAUGAAGUUGUCAAAUACAUUCUUGGAAACAGAAAAUAUGGAAAGCUUAUAAACCAAAAGGAUAAUGUAGGAAAUACUCCAUUGCACUUGGCCGCAAUGCACUCCUAUCCCAGGGUUGUGCAUACGCUUUCGAGGGAUAAAAGAGUUAACCUAGGAGAAAUCAAUAAUGAAGGCUUCACAGCUCUGGAUUUGGCUGAGGAAUAUAUGGACAGUAAUCCCACUUUCAGAGAGCGACUAACUUGGAUGGCUUUGGUAUGUGCUGAUACACCUAGAGCUUUAAAAUUGGCCCCACUUCUUCAUCAAUCUUCUGAUUCUGGAUCUCAAGAAGUAAAUGUUUCUCAAUCAGAGAUGGGAAUUCUUCAGCUCCAGGAAAAACCGACAGCCAAGAACUAUAAAGGCAGGGUCAACACUCUGCUGUUGUUGGCUAUACUCGUUGCCACAAUGGCGUUUUCUGCAGCUUUCAAGAUCCCGAGGGUACUUGAGGACAAUGAAAUGAACGUAGCGAAUCAUUUCAGACAAGUUGCACGGCAAGUGUUUGUUGUCUCGAAUACAACAGCAAUGUACAGCGCAGUUCUGACAACGGUUGCUCUCAUUUGGGCACAACUGGGUGAUCUCCAGCUUAUCCUCACUGUCUUCAAGUUCGUACUUCCGCUUCUCGGCUGUGCUUUUACGUCGAUGUCUCUGGCCUUUGUGGCUGGUUUGCUCGUAGUGGUGGGUGACCAGAAUUGGCUUUCGGUGUUUCUGAUAGCAUCGGGCAGCGUCUUCUUCCUCGUUCUUCUCCUUCUGAUAGUUCCUUUUAUCUGCCCCUACACGUCAAGCACGUUCGUUUUCAGAUAUGUUUUGAGGUACCCUUUUUGCCUUCUCUUGCUCACAGUUUGGAACGAUACCGAUGAUGACUUCGAGUGAAAGCUUUCUCCUUUUGGCGAGAUCAAAGCUUCUUAAUCAUCUGUUUCAAAGUUCCAGGACAUUAGCAAGGUCUCGUCUGUAUCUUGUUAUGCAUUUCCCUUGUAAC